AUGGUGACCGGAGUCCGCCCCGCCCCGCCCCGGCCGUCGCUUCACUCCCGCGGGAGGUGGGCGGCGCGUGCGCCAGCGGCGGCCAUGGCGGGAGUGCUGCUGCGGGCCGGCCGUGCCUCGGCCCUGCGGGGAUCGCUGUCACCGCUGAGAGCGGCCCGGGCGGUCCUGGUUUGCAGGCUGAAGUCAUCAGUCAGCUUUCUCACUCGACCAGAUCGACCAAAUAUUGCUUAUCAGAAACUAAAAGGAAGAAAUCCAGGGGUUAUUUUCCUUCCAGGCUUCAAUUCAAAUAUGAAUGGUCAGAAAGCAACUGCCCUUGAAGAUUUCUGCAAAUCAUUAGGUCAUGCCUUCAUCAGAUUUGACUAUACGGGAUGUGGAAGUUCAGAUGGUAAAUUUGAAGAGUGUACAAUUGGGAAGUGGAGAAAAGAUGUUCUGUCUAUACUGGAUGAACUUACAGAUGGACCACAGAUUCUUGUGGGCUCCAGCAUGGGUGGAUGGCUGAUGCUUCAUGCUGCAAUAGCACGUCCAGAUAAAGUAGCUGCUCUGGUUGGAGUUGCUGUAGCAGCAGAUCAUGUUGUAACAACUUUUAAGAGACUUCCUAUUGAGGCACAAAAAGAAAUAGAAGAAAAGGGUGAAUGGAAGUAUCAAACAAAGCAAAAUGAGGAAGGAUAUUACUCCUUGACCUAUGACUUCAUCAGAGAAGCAGAAAAUCACUGUGUGCUGAAUAGUCCUAUUCCUGUGACAUGUCCCAUACGCCUUAUCCAUGGCAUGAAGGAUGGGGAUGUCCCUUGGGAGAUCUCUAUGCAAGUUGCUGACCGUGUUUUGAGCAAGGACGUGGAUGUUAUUCUCCGCAAAAUUGGCCAGCAUCGGAUGAGUGACAAGGAGGAUACAAAGCUCCUCGUGAAUACUGUUGAUGAUCUAAUUGACAAGCUGUCAACAGUAGCAUAAGCUGAAGAGUAGCAUUAGUGCAUGAACUCUAAACCUGACUCUUUUCCUUGAGUAACAGAAGCCUUGUUCUUACCCAGAUGGUGGCAGGCCUGUGACUGUCACAGCAGGAACUGAGCUUUAUCUGCUAUUUCCUUACCUCUGUUUUGUAAAUACAGGAAUUGUAUUCUUGCUGCAUUUGCACACAGUCCAAAGUGUGAAGGAGUGCUGCUAUUGUGCUCAGAACCUCUCCUUCACCAUUUUACCCAUUUUUUUCACAAAUUUCCUACAAUUUUGUACUGACAUGUUGAUUACUUUUUGUUGCUAUUGGCCUGUACAGUAAAACUUUAUUUUCAGCUUUGACGCCUGUUACUGUCCUUCUGCUGUAACAUCAUUGUAUCUUAUGUCUAAACCAUCUGUGCAAGGCAGACUACAACUUGAGUGUUUACUGAAGUUAGUUAUUAGAAUAGUGAGUACCAUGAAACACAAUAAACAGAUUUCAGAUAAAUGGUUAUUUUGUUCUGAAAUGCUGUUAAACAGUGGAAAGCACACCCUGAUGGUGUGCUUGGGGUACUACAUAGGGAAGAAUUUGACUUUGAAGAAAGCAGGGCCUCAAAGCCUUAAGAGCUCUUUAUAUGUGUUUAUCAGGAGGAUCUGUGUGAUCUUCUCCAGACUGCCAUUUAUCAUUCAUUUGUGGGCCUACUGUUAAGGAAACAAUAAAUAAUCUUGGUGUAAACUAAAACUGGAUUAAUAAGAUGACUUUAAUAGUAACUUCUUCAGAGUAGGGACUACAGUGCCACAGAGCACCGUUGCCUCUUUCCCAUGACUUGAGAGCUGUGGAUUGCUUGGCGCAGUGUCUUCAGCUGCAUGAGUCCAACCCUGAGAAGUUGUAAAUGGAACUUGAUAGUUGAAUAAGUCUUAAAAUGUAAAUCCAUGGAAUUUAUUAGGAAAUGGAUUUAAUUGCAAAUAUGACUGUUAUCUGGGUUUUGUAUAGAAAUACAGUACCAUUAGUACACUUGAGAGGCUGGAAAUAGUUCAGGCUUAAUGUGUAACAUCAGUCAAAAGCAUAUAAUUGUUUCUGGGUUUAUUAUUUGAAGUAGUAAAUGGCAUCACUAUUGUUACCUUAAAACACUAGAGCUGUUGGGGGUAAGGUAUUUCUAGAGAGUUUGUAAUUUUCAGUUUUAGCUAUGUCAGUAGAAGUGUGCUGAACAGGGUUUUGCCUAGGUAAUGGGUUUUAAUUAAAAAAAAAAACCACCACAAACAAAUAACUAAAGUUAAAAAAAACCCCAAAACACGGCAACAACAAAACCAAAGUUUUGGAUGAGUUCCUAUUUAGGCUUGCAAAAAACAAGCUGUGAUGAAAAAAUCUGAAUUUUGAUAUAAGAGUAAAAAAAGAUGGCUCUUGUUGAGUUGCAAAUUUUCUACUUCAAGUGUACCAAUUCCCUAACUCAAUCAUAGAAUGGUUUGGAUUGGAAGGGACCUUAAAGAUCAUCUGGUUCCAGCCAUCAUACCGUGGGCAGGGCUGUAGUCCACUAGACCAGGUUGCUCAGAGCCCCAACCAACCUGGCUUUGAACACUUCCAGAGACAGGGCAUUCACAGCUCCUACAGGCAACUCGUUCCAGUGCCUCACAGUAAAGAAUUUUCCCCUAAUUAUCUGAUCUAAACCUAUUCGCUAAGUUUGAACCCAUUAUUCCCUUUGCUCUGUCACAACAUGCUCUUAUAAAUAGUCUCUAUCCAGCUCAGGAUGAUCUAGAUUGGGAUAAUUUCUUGAGGAAAUUAGAACAUUUCAUGAAAUCCUGUUCCCAAGUAUUUCUGGCAUAGACUGUUCUCCUGUUUCUAUCACUAUGCAAUUCACUUUAGCUUUAAAACCUCUGAAAUAUGUUUCUAACUUUUGAGAAAGUUAAUGCAAAUGGCAUUCCUGGAGUUGGAGCUGUGUUCGUGUUUAUGUACUGUUAAGCAGUUGUCAUCUUUAUAUGUGUUUGUAUGACUUGCAUCUGAUAAUACCUAAAAACCAGAUUUUGUGGGUUUUAAAGGUGCAGUCAAAUCAAAAUUAUUUUAAAACUUCUUGCCCUAAGCCAUGAUAGGUUUUUAAAUCCAGUUUUGUCACAUCUUAGAUUAGUUUGGCUCAUAAUGAAAGAAGAGGCUGAAACAAGUGGACUGCAAUAAUUCCAAAGUAAUUACUUUUAAUUAAUGCCAAGAGUUACCAGUUGUAAUAUAUAUACUGUUUCUUCAUGUAUAUUAAAGUUAUUUCAGUGACUGAAAAGUUUUGAGCUUUUUUUCUUAAUAGGGAGUUAUACCUGUAAAUAUUCAAUUUAGUACUUCAGACAAGGUAAAGGCUUUGUGUGCCUGCAUAAACUGUAGCUGUAUAUUUGUCUUGAAAGAGUUGCAUUGUAUUCAUGAUUCAUGUUAGCCUUUAUUAAAUAAUUUAUAUUUUACAGGUAAGGUGUCUGUUGCAAUGCCUUAGAGCACGAUAGGUGAAAGCAAAUGUGAAGUGGAGCUGUUGUUUUAAGAGUUUUCAGGAGGGUUUUUUUUCCUUGGUUUUUUUUUUCCUUGUUUGCUGUUAGUGAUUUCUGUUAUUGCCCCCUCCAUUAUUUUGCUGUAAUAACAUGAGGUGGGAGAAUUCAGUGUAAAACAGGGUUGUCAUAAUUGUUGGGAAUACAGAACUGCAGCAUUGGUUGCUGAACCACAGCAUUACUGAAAAGUCCUGUUUUCCUUCUCUGCUGGCUAAAUGGAGAUCAGUGGCAGCAUUUACAGUACAGGUACCCCCAAAGUUUGUUACAUAUAGUCUAAAUGCAAAGGCAGAGAUGGUACUUUCUUCAUAAAGACAAUAUUACAGGUAGUGUUUUGAAAUUCAGUGAAUGCUAGUGUCCUUCUCUCUGUGCUCACUUUUUGUUUUUGUAAAUCUGGUUUGCUUAGAUAUGAAGAGGUAGACCUUGUGCAGACAGACCUUUUUCUCUGACUUUGGUGUAGUAAUUCCAUUGAUAUUUAUCUUUGCAAACCAUAAGCAUUUUCCCUGUGUUCAUGCUGGAAAUUACCAGAAUUUUGACUAUUGGCAACUUUGCAUGUUGACAUGCCUGAAAGAAGAGAUAGUGAUAACUAGGGAGAUUUACAUCCUACCUCUGAGCAGCUGUUGACCUACCAGGAAGUUUUGACAAUCUCAGAUAAUGUGGUAUUCACAUAUUAUGGUGUCAUUCCAAAUUGGUACUGUUUUGUCCUCUGUGUUAAUGCCUGGGGCAUUGCUUUUUUCUAUGUCAGUAGAUGCCUACAUAGUAAUUAUUUUCAGUAUUAGUCAUGUUUAAAAACUAAUAUUUCAUUACUCUGUAGAGAUACUGUAUUAAAAUAGGAUAUUACACACUUGGAAAACUCUGCAUGAUGCAGAUUUUUAAAGUCCUUUGUAAUUAAUUAUGUUCUGUUUUGGGGUUUUUUUUAACAGACUGGUGAUUUGUUGACUAAUGCUAAGCAUUCUGUGAACAUAUAGUGUACAGUUCCUCAACAGUAAGCUUGAUUUGCGUGAAAUAUUCUGUUUCUAAAGCUAACUCGUUUCCUAAUAAACAAGUGCUCUUAUUUUGUUCGUAUUGAGCUGUACUUCCACGUUUUUAGAUACAUGUAUUUAUCUUGUUAAAUAUUCCACUUGUUUUGUCUCUCCUCUUGUUUGGCUUUGUAUUACACACCAUCUGAUUUGGGGUUUUUGGUUUUGGGGGCUGUUUAACUUAAUUGGUGUUAAAUGUUUCAUUUAGUUUCAGUUUAGCUAAGCUGUUUUCUCUUGCAUCAACACUAAAUGCAAAAAAGGCAGUGUUCACAAAAAAAGCCUGGCUGGAUAGGCCUUAGAAAAACCACCUCCUGCUGUUUUAUUUUUAUGUUAAUUUUGGUUACAUGCUGUCUUGUAUAUGCUGUUACUCAAUGGGGCUAAAAGAUUUAUGGUACCAUACUUUUCAUAUCAAAUUAAAAUGUGCUUAGAGAGGAAUAUUCAACCAGUCAGUUAUCUGCAGCUGCUCAAGUAUUGUCAGUGCUCCAGUCAUGAUGCAACACAGAGUUGUAACAAUUUCUGAACGGGUGCUGUGGUAAGAGUUUCUACAUUAGGUUUGUGCUUGCACUUUCUUUCUCCUCUGGCGGGGAAAAAAACCCAAACAAGUUGGGGGGAAAAUCAUGUCCUGGGGAAUAAUGAGAUUUGAACUUGUUUUCUAAGCUACUCAGUUCUGCUGUUACAAAGAGACCUACCUUACCCAUUCACAUUUUUUCAGUUUUCUUAAAUGCUGAAAAGUUAUGUUAUACUAAAGACUUCCAGGGAAAUAGAAGAGGGCUCUGUGUUUGACCUGUCUUUGAGAUGAGCAAUCUCUCUGCUUUGUGUUGAUGACCAAAUUCAUUAAGAUGUGUAUGAAUGUAAAAUUUCACCAACACUUGGUGGAAAUUCAUCAGCUGUGUAAGGAGUGCAGACAGAAAUACCAAACAUUAGUGUGCACGCUCACCCUUCUAAGUUUGUUCUCAAGCCCAGCAGGGACGAGAAAGGCAGGGGGAACUCAGCCAUUACAUUAAAUAGCAGCCAGCUUGCUGAGCAUGAGGUUUUAAUGCCCCUGUCAAUGGCACUUUGCUUCUACGGGAAUUUUCUAAGGGAAGAUUUUACUGUUGGGAAAAAGAGAUUAAGAGAUUUCGGAAAUGCACUGCUCAUAGAUUUACUGCAUGUUGGUCAGUUUUUAUAGCUCACAUUUGCUUUGUGACUGUAGCACCUCAUCUCUCUACAAUAUAUAUUUGCCUAGAACAGAAAAACAUUACAGCCUUGGUCAUGUUAAUAUGUAAAUCUAAAUUACAGGACUUACUGCAGUCUGGUUGUAGGCUUGACCUUGUAUUUCUCUUUCAAGUCCUGCAUAUGUAUGUUAUGUGGUCCAGUGCUUCUUUUCCAUUAAAGAUUAAUGGGCAUCCUCCUUAUGAUGCAGUAAUUGCAGGUCACAGAUAGACACAUUUUCAACCUGCUACAGUCUCUUGAUUUGUGUCUGGCAAGGAGCUUCAGCUAGCUUUGCAUUUAUAUUUGGAAGCAAAAGCAAAUGACAAUUCCUAAAACUUCCAGUCAUUCGGUUCUGAAAUUAAAAUACAUAUUUGAAAUCUUUCUAGGCUAGCACAUGAAAGGUUGUGUUCUUUUUGGGCCUUCUGAUCCGCACCAUGCUGUCUACUUGCCUCCCACUUGGCAACAUGAGAAGGUCACUGCUGCUUGCUGGGAUGGAAGCAGGUGCUUGUAUCAGUGGCAAAGGUCUGCUGAACAGUAGCAUACUUAGGGGCUGGAGUGAUGCAAGUGGGCUGCCCAGACUGUAGCCUGGGAAAAGCUUUCCCUGAAGCCUGCCUAGGAUCAGAUCUCAACUGUACAAGAAUCAUCGGGUUUGGGGCUUAAUUGGUUAUGGCUUGCUAGCAGAAAGUGUGCCAGAAUGUGCUAGUCCUUGGGACAGUAUCUCUUGAAAGAGUUCCUUAGGGCAAAGCUAAAUCCCUAACCAUAAGAAGCAGCAUUUAUGUAGUUAGAGGAUUUGAUCUUUUAGGGGGUUUUUGUUUGUAAAUUCUGCUGUCUGUUUUGACCUAUAUUUCAGUGAAAUAAAGAUGCUACUUGCUUUCUGUUUUA